GUUGAAGCUCUUAAAAAAAGCGCAAAUCGUUGGGUACCAAGAAGCAGACAAAAGAAAGAGGUUAAACUUGCACCUGAUGGAACAGAAUUGUUUGAUAUGGAUGAUCUUGCUCUGAAAGGACGGUCAUUACUAAACAAAUUGACCUUAGAGAACUUUGAACCUAUUACUACUGAUUUGAUAAAUCUCUGUGCCCAAUCUAGAUGGGAAGAAGAUGCUAAGUCCUUAAAAGAAAUAUUAGCGUUAACAUUUGCAAAAGCUACUGACGAACCUCACUGGUCUUCAAUGUACGCUCAGUUUUGUGCUACAUUAGUCAAAACAUUCAGUGAUUCAGUACUGGAUAAAACUUCUUUAGACAAAAAUAAUUUACCCAUUAAAGGCGGGUUUUUAGUGAGGAGAUGUUUGUUAUUAAGAUGUCAAACUGAAUAUGAAAAAGGAUGGGCAAACAAGAUUCCAACUAACCCAGAUGGAACACAAAAGGAAUUUGAAAUGAUGUCUGAAGAAUAUUAUACAGCUGCUAAAGAAAAGAGACGUGGUUUAGGAUUAGUUAAAUUCAUAGGUGAAUUAUUUGGAUUAGGACUAUUAUCUAAUAAGGUUAUUGUAAAAAUAUUGCUUGAUCAGUCAAAUCCUGAGAAUCCAGCAGAAGAUGUUUUAGAAAAUUUGAUUCAAUUGGUGAAAACUACUGGUGAAAUAUUGGAAAGUACUCCUGGUAUAAUGGACAAUAUUUUUAAAAGAAUUCAAUUUAUCAUUGAAAGCGCAAAUAUAUCGUCUCGUGUUCGUUUUCUGUUGCAAGAUUUAGUUGACCUAAGACGUUCCAGAUGGAAAUCUUCCGAAUUAAAUCAAGGACCUAAAACAAUCUCCCAAAUUCAUGCUGAUGAAGAAGAAAAAAGAAGGAUAGAUGAAAAAGAAAAAUCUGAUAGAAGAAGACUGAAUACUAAUACCCGAUCAUUUUCUAACCGU